UCCAAAACCCUAUCCGCCGCCCAGCGGCAAACUAAGCUUGAAGGAUGAGUUUAAGCUUUCGAGUUCGCCUUUUCGUCCGCCGCUUCUCCUCCUCCACCGCUACCACGGUGGUGGGACCUAGCCCGGACCCUAACCCCCGUUCGUACACGGAGACGCUCGCCGUUACCAUCAACAAACUCUCCAAGGAGCGCGACCCCGACAAGCUCGCCGCCGGCUUCAUCGCCGCCUCCGCCUCCUACCGCUUCCGCUGCCGCCACCGCAUCUAUGAGAUCGCCGUCCGCCGCCUCGAAAAGGCCGGCCGCCUUGACGCUGUCGAGGCCAUCCUCGAGGCCCAGAAGCGGUUCCCCUCCGACCUCGCCCGCGAGGGCUUCGCCGUCCGCCUCAUUUCCCUCUACGGCAAGGCCUCCAUGGCCACCCACGCCGCCACUACCUUUCGCCAGCUUCCCGCCCUCGGAACCCCGCGCUCCGUCAUGUCCUUCAAUGCCCUCCUCACCGCGUUCGCUGACUCCGGCGAUGUCGAGGGCCUGGUCGCCGCUUUCCGCGAUAUCCCUGCCGCUGACACCACCAUCGUCCCGAAUCUCAUCUCCUACAACGUCCUCAUCUGCGCCCUCUGCGAAAAAGGCGAUCUUGAUGCGGCCCUGGGUACGGUAGACCUCAUGGAGAGGAAUGGGAUAUCUCCUGAUGUGAUCACCUGCAACACCCUCCUGCAUUGGUCCUACGAGAAGAAGGAACCUUCGGAAGCCGAAAAGAUUUGGGCUUUGAUGUGGAAGAAGAACAUCGAGCCCAACACAAAAAGCUUCAACACGAAAUUGAGGUGGCUGGUUUCAGAAGGGAGGACUGCGGAAGCAGCUAAGCUCGUCGACCAGUUGAACCACGUCGGGCUGCAGCCGGACGCUUUCUCCUUCAAUGCGCUUAUCAAAGGGUAUUUCCAAGAAGGGAACUUGGAGGAGGCCAAGAGGCUGUUUUCAGAUUUUGCGAAGAACCAAUGCGCACCAAACAAGGGGACCUUUGAGAUUAUUAUCCCUUACCUUUGUGAGGCCGGUGAGCUCGACUUGGCUCUAAAAUGCUGCUAUGAUAGCAUGAAUACGCGGUGUUUUGUGGAAGCGGCAGUAUUCCAGAGGGUGGUGAACGGAUUGGCAAAGAGUUCGAGGAUGGACGAGGCUACAAAGCUUGUGGAUGUUGGAAGGAAGAAUAAUUAUUCUAGGAAGAGCCUUCGGAUUCCUUCAGCCAAUUUGAGCUUGGCCGUAUAGGAACCUUCUUAGACUCAGAAGAAGAAACUUAAAGGAUGCCAGACAAGCUUUAUUCAGAUAAAGGAGCAGGUUAAUGGCACCUACAAAUGUAUUCUUCUUAUUCUUAUU